UUACGAUCGCUUUUGCCGCUCACCCGCUUGUGUAAACACAAUCCUACUUCUAUGCUCUCUUCCUUCCCCCACACACUCUUUCUCUACCUUCUCUCUCUUUCUCUCAUAUUCUCUCUCCCCCCCCUCUGGUUCUCUCUUCCAUGGCUGAAUAAUCAACCCAAUCCCCCCACUUUUAUGACGUUUUGCAUCAUGCGCUUUCAACUCGUCGUUUGAUUUUUUUUUUCUUCAUUUGGGAUGGGAAGGGUUAAGCUAAAGAUAAAGAAGUUAGAGAACCCAAAUGGCCGUCAGGCGACCUAUGCCAAAAGGAAGCAUGGCAUCGUGAAAAAAGCUAAUGAGCUAUCUAUCCUAUGUGAUGUAGAAAUUGUUCUCCUUAUGUUCUCCCCAACUAACAAGCCUUCCUUGUGCAUUGGGAAGCGCAGCAUUGAGGAGAUCAUUGAAAAGUUCGCUCAACUCACUCCACAGGAACGAGCUAAAAGAAAAUUGGAAAGCCUUGAAGCACUGAAAAAAACAUUCAAGAAGUUGGACCAUGAUGUAAAUAUUCAUGAAUAUCUGGGUACAAGCACACAGACAAUAGAGGACCUGACUAACCAAGCAAGACUAUUACAGACUCGCCUUUCUGAAGUACACAGGAGACUAAGCUGUUGGACUAACAUAGACAAGAUCAACAAUGUAGAACAAUUGGGGCAAAUGGAAGAUUCACUCGAGGAAUCCCUAAAUCAAAUUCAAGCCCAUAAGGAAAAUUUAGGAAAGCAGCAGCAGCUUCUGUCGUUAGAAUGCACAAGUCAGUUCCGAAAUGAAAUGCAGGUACCCUAUAGCAUGGGCAUUGAACAACUCCAAAAUCUUGCAUGGAUGCCUACUCAUGACAGUAGACAUAUGGCCUUGUCAGAUGACCUGAAUUGGAUUCCCCACAGAGAUGUGGAGGGCUCUGCAAGUUCCUCCUUUGGAAGUUAUUCGGGUUACUUUGGGACCGGAAAAAGUUCUGAUCUAUCAAGUUCUGGACAAGAAAACAGUGUCCUGAAUGAUUUGAACGGAAACAGAUCGUUGCAGCUGCAACUGGGUGGACAGUGCCCCUUCUUCUCGUACACUCUUAAUACACUGAAUGAUGCCAAGUUCCCUCCUGUGGCAGAGAUGAAUUUUCAUGAAACUCCUGCAGAUUAUCAUGUUAAUGGUGGUUUUGUACAAGGUCCCGGAACUGGAUACGAUACUACCCCUGGUAGUUGGCCUUCCACGUCUGGCCCCUGUGCCUUUACCAUGUUUGAUGAGCCAUUGUAUUCCCGACAGCUUCAACAUCAUUGAGCAAUCCAGGGGUUUAUACAUGACUUUUAAGAAUUAUGGACACGCUAUACGGAUACGACACAACACGGACUCAGCGAUGCAGAGCUAUCCGAAAAAAUUAGGACACCACAAUGAGAAA